GUAGAAGUAGGAUCGGACAAGUCUAACAAGAAGCCCGGAAUAUCAAACGCAAAGGUAGGUUUCUUCGGUUGCUUUAAAUUUGAUUCGAUCGGGAUAUUUCGCUGAUUCGAAUAGGGCUUUGUGCACGAGUGAAUUUUUUAGAAACUCUCCACGAAUUGAAAAAAGAUUAGAUAAGAACUAUUGAUCAAAAGCAGGCAUGACGAUGAUUUUUUGAUACUGACACUGCUCGCGUGAUUCUCUCGCUUAAUAGAAUUUUGCACACAGGAUAAGGUUCAUCCUUGUCCUGCGAAAUCAGAAUAAAAUGGGCAUAUAUAAAUUCGGAUUAUACCCUGAAGUAACUUUUGAUACUGAUUCAAGAUCGACUGUGGUUUUUGUCUGAGACAAGGCAGCUUUCAUUAUCAUUGCGCGUCAGGACCAGCUAGUUGACCCACGAGAAGAUGUCAUGAAUAAAUUAAUCCCCUUGACAACUUCCAUGCAUUACACCCGUGCUGUUUUGCUAAGGUCAAAGACUAAAAACAAGAUGAUGGUAUUUCAAUUCAGCUUUAUUUUUUGUCACGAGAAAACAUUUGUAGGUAAACUACCUACGACUAAAAACGGAUAUAAGUCAGGACUCCCGAUAUACUGUAAACUCGAUCUCUCGCAUAUUAGAACUUCGCGCUAACUCAAACCAAAAUCGAGUUUCCCUCGAUUUGCUUGGUACAUUUGCUGUAUAAAUUUUACCCUCGAUAACUCGAACCUUCCGCUAAUCGAAGUAAAUUUCGUUUUCCUUCAGAUCAUUUUUAAAUAUAAUUACCCUCGAUAGAUAGCUCGAACCAUGUUUUAAGCCCAUGACGAGUAGAAAAAAGUAAAACAGUAUUUCGAAGUAUUGCAAUCCGAAGCAUUGAAUUUAUUUCAAAUUAACCUUGUAUUCUUUUACUUUACUUUUUUGUCAGUACAGUUUAAAUGCAGUUUCCAGCCCUGUGUCCUAGUCAAGCUUUGUUGCUUAAUUCCUUUUUCAAAAUAUCAACCGAUCAUUGAUCUCUUGCCGCCGUUGACGUCUGCAUUUCUUUCCCAUCCCAUGUGCUUUUUUCCUUAUUUCAGGUUGAUGUGUCAAACUCCAGAUAACUCGAACGUUUUUCCAUUUCCCAAGUAGGUUCGAGUUAUCGGGGGCGACUGUAAUCAAAUUUCAGCCUUCGUCUUGCAUUGUUUCUUGAAUUGAUUCGGAGAUCCACACUUGACACACUACCAAACGGCGGAAACUAGAGUGUUAUCUCUGUUUUCUCCAUUUAAAACACGUCGCGUCCUAGUCUGAAAUGUUACGCGUCUCCACCCCCAAACCGGUGGGGGGCGUGGGCGAGAGAGGCGUCUGAAUUCCGAGCGUUAUAAUAGGGACCUUAUGAUCUGACAACGGCGACGUCCAUGAAAACGUCGCUGAUAAAUAGACCUCGCAUCCUUUUAAACGUUUUGGCGAUUAUCCCAAUGGUUAACAUUAGAUAACAUCAAGUGAAGCCAGAUUGGACACCUUAUGAAUUUUACACAACCCAUUAUUUUCAUAAUGGAACGAUACUGGAAUGUAGAAUGAGGCUAGAAUAGCUGAAGAAACCAAAACUACAGAGUGCCAGUUAUGGAGAGAACACAGUAGAGAGUUAAGCACUGAUCUGCAGUGAUUAGGGUUAAGCACUGAACAGAAAACGGUUAGCUUUCAAAUAUUGUAAUGGGGUACGGCAUAUAUAAGAACAUGCAUGUAUAUUUUAAAAAUUACUGGAUUUGGCAGCUAGUCCUUGAUGGUGUAGUGGAUAUGGAUGUAGGCUAUAAGUGCAAGUGACCCGGGUUCAAAGCAUCACAGUGGAGUUUUUCUAUUUCGCUUUUAUACUACACAGAACAGGGGUCUUUUUUGCAUGAGCAUGCGCGACCGCUGAACAAGCGAUGCGCAACGGGAGGCUCACCACAGGGUUUGCCUUCAUCAAAAUGGCGCGUCUCAAAGCUAUCAUAGCGAUUAUUUUGCUCGUUGGUCUUGGCGAAUGUGCUCGUGAUUUAACAAAAUGUGUAGUUUGCAAAAAAAAACUCUAACAUGGUCUUAACAAAAGCGAAGUAGACCGGCUUUAACAUACACGAGCUACUAUCACUCUCUAUGUCUCGAACAAUAAAAAAAAAAUGAAUAUCAAUGAGACACAGUCAAAACUGCUUUCAAUAGGACCGAAAUUAAAGUCCAAUCUUGCGACCGAUUUUGAUGAAACAAACGGUUAGGUUUCCCAAGAAGUACAGUAAACAUGUGAUGCCGACCAAAAGUUAAAAAUCAUUAGAACAUUUAAGUUCUGGCCAAAAGCAAAAUCCUGCAAAAAAAUGCCUUACAAUGUUAGUCCACGCAAAAACAAGAAGUUCUGAAAUUUUCCUAUAAACGAACUUUGUAUCGCUAAAAUACUUAAGUUUGGACCUCGCCCGAGUUCAGACAGAGAUGGCAGAAUUUAUCGUCUUGCCGUUCCCGUUCUCAAGUAAACUUAGAAUUUACUCAUUUCACUUCUUAGUUGUGCAGGGACAGCAAAGAAAUGUGCAAAAAAGCGUGAUGCACGUGCAGAGUAUUUGUUUUGUUCAUCAAACCUAUUGCUUUUUUGACGAGUCUCCUUGACGUCGCCGUCGUAGUUUCGUAAGGUCCCUAAUGACGUCCGGUGACGUCAUGUUAGCUUCUUUAUGUUAUAUAUAACACCCGUCAUAACCUUUGGUUCAAAAGCAACUCAAUAAUGCAAGCAAUUAAACAGCGCUUUCAAUUGAUGCCUUGAGUUCAAUUUCAUUGUCUUAGCUCCUUGAUAAACCCUGGUCUUUUAUGUGUGGAGAAACGUGACUGAAACGGUUCUUUGUACUUUGCCAAUGUAACUUUCGUUUGAUUCCUCAAUUCUGUCUCAUUCACACACUAUCUCAGAAAAAAACUGGGACACAAACCUCUUUCAGUUUCAGUCAGCCCUUUGGCUUACUCAGGAUUUCUUUGAACUUUCUCGUUGGCUUUACGAAUCGGAUUGAUCACUCUUUUGAUUUACUCUUGCUCUGUCUAGAAAAAGCUUUGAGACAGCUGGCGGUUGUGCUCUGUUUUGGUUGAGUGGGAUCAAAAAAGGACAUGAGCUUUAUCCUCUCUUGCUAGGAUGCAAUGCGUUGUCUAAUGUCCACGCUGCAUACCCGCACCUGUGCAAAAGCUUUGUGUUGUUUUUUCCUGGUGUAAGACUUCAGAGCCUAAGACUACAAUACACAGUAAGUUUGUAAUGUGCGCGCAACAGAAAGCGCAUGCUUUAGUGAUUACUGCAAUUUAAAAUUCAGAUUCUGUUCUUUAUGUAUAGGAUGGUUUUCUUUUUACCCUUACCUAAAAGGAUUCCUUUUGCCUGUUUGAUGGUUAGUGUAUCAAGCAAAGCGAGUGCCUUGUUUUCCUCUAUUUCCGACAGGGUGAGAUUGAUAUCAUUUUCUAUUGACCCAAUUUGGUCUGCAAAGUGUUACACGUGUUGCUCCUUCUGCCUCAUGUGCUGUUUAAUCACAUAACGAAACCACCAGUUUGGGGGCUUUACCUCUGUGUUUAAGGCCUUUUUCUCGAAUUUUUCCAUCCUCGGUUCAGUUUUCGCGUUGCUGUAACUCUUACUUUGCAAAACACAACAACAAACGCCAACUACGCAGGCUAUGAUUUUCCUAACGAUUGGGCGGAGAAACUUUACCGGUGAACUCACAGCUGCACAGUCAAUGAAUUUGUGCAAAAAACGUGCGUGUAAACACUGCAGACUGACACUGCUGCCUUGGACCAUGCAGACAAAUCAGAUCUCAAGUCACGUUUCAUGUUCUAUCUACUGUGAAAAAGGCUAGAGCGUAGCCAAAAGCUCUUGAAAAGCCGUUUAAAAACGUAUAGCUGAUAUUUCAAAACCCUUUUGCUCUGUCUUUUGUUUCAGGCAAAAGAAUAAAGAAAUAAACGAGCGUUUCGUUAAGUGGACAGCAAUGAUUGUAAGCAGGACACCGUGCCUCACACCCCAUUGCUACUAUAAAAAUGUAAAAAAAUAAACUGAAGGCAAGAAUUGUGAUCUGAAUAUUUUAUUCUAGGAAUUCAAGUCCGUAGUGUCCAUGGCUUCUGUUACACCAGCAACUCCAUCUACAAAAGAAACAACUAAUUAUGCCAGGUUAUGCCGUGUUCUUGUCGAUGUGGGCACUUGUGCCCUCAGGGAUUGCUUUGAUGCCAUCUGCACACCACCAACUCUUCACAAGGUCCUGGCAGCCAGUCAUCUCGCAUUGCAGACUCUUAGAUCAAGAAGGAUCAUCAAUGCAACCCAAUGGGGAAAGCUUUUUCCCGGAAUCCCUUCUUCAGUGUCUUCAAAACAUUUUGACAUCACUCUACUGAUGACUUUGCUACGCAACAUCUGCCGUCUCACUCCUCCGGUAACAGGAUGGGACGUGCUCCCUGCUGCCACAGACCUGAGUCGUGAGGCGGACAUUGCACGAGUAAAGCACUUUAGGAAUACAGUGUACGCUCACGUUGAGCACGCUUCUAUUGAUGAUGCAACAUUCGACACAUACUGGAAGGAGAUCCGAGACACUCUAGUACGGCUAGGAGGAGCUACAUAUAAGGUAAAAUAGAUUCCAAACGUCAAUACAGUCGUGUAUUUUAUCCGUCUUUUCCAUAAAUACCAUGACCCUGUCGUGUUUUUUUUUCUGUUAAUGCUGAGUACACUAGCUAGCACAUCAGUUGAAGUGAAUGAUAAAUAACCCGUUCUAUUUCAAGGCCGCUAUUGACAAGCUGGAAUUUUGCUGCAUGGAUCCCGAUAUGGAGCACCAUUACAAAGAACUCCUUCAACUGUGGAAAAAUGAUGAAGAUAACAUAAAAGAUGAAUUGAAAGAAAUUAGCACUGACGUAAAAGAAAUCAACACCGACGUAAAAGAAAUUGGCACCGACGUAAAAGAAAUUGGUACCGACGUAAAAGAAAUCAACACCGACGUAAAAGAAAUUGGCACUGACGUAAAAGAAAUUAAGGAGAUAACAAAGAAGCUUGAUGACAUGGUGGCAUCAACUGGGACUCCUGUGGGACAAUCAAGCAAUGAAGAUGGUGAGUAUAUAGAGACUGUGAAUGAAAAAUUUGUAACUGAAGUUAUGAUGAUCUAAAACUGAAACUGUGAUAUAAAACUAAAACCAGGUAUUAAAAAAAUAGUUUUUUUACUCUUAUCUCAAAAAGUGCUCACCCCCUCAACCCGUCACCCCCAUAUGAAGGUGAACAUGCAUUUACCGCUCUCACAACCAAUGAAUGGAUAUACAAAGUGGGCCUUUUAACUCCUCCUUAAACCAAAAAUGAAAAAAGAAAGGCAAGGCUGAACAACAUUCCCGACACUGUAGGCCUACCUUACACCAAGCCUUGAAGUUUUUUUCUUCUAACCUUUGAAUCAGGUAUAAACAUAACCUGAGAAAAAGCUUAAAAACCUGCGUUUGAGUGUAAUUGUCAGAGAAAAGAAAGAGAAAAUUGAUCGAUUAUUAGUUUCUUGUUCUUUUGCUUAUGUAUUCAAGCGUUAUUACGUUGUACGUAUAAAUCGGCACGAGACAAGCAUAACCUAAAGGGUCACUGGCACUCGUCACGAAACUCUGCUUUUCCCACCACAAUCUGAUUUUGCAAUGGAUUUCUGUUAUAUAUUCUUUGGUGCCAACACCAGAAUCGUCAGAAUUUGAUGCUCUUGCGCCUACUUGUCUUGUCUUGUCUUUUGUUUGUGCUUAUGCUUAUCACACCUUUGGACAUCCUUGUGCUUAAGUUUUCUUUGCUUGCUUCCCGUCGUACUUGCGAACGAAUUUUUUGGCUGGCCUGAUUUGCGUUGAUGCCAGGUCCACUUUUGCUUCCGGAAUCCGGAAACCAGCAAAUUGUUACUGUGGAAUCCGAAAUCCUAGGCUUUGGAAUCCGGGAUCCAAUUUCCACAGACAAAGUAUCCGGAAUCCGGAAUACAUCGAGUGGAAUCCAGAAUCCAAGACUGUCUUGGAUUCUCUUACAUCAGGGUGACUCUUAAUAUUACUCGCAUAAAGCAAAAAUGCACCAUAUUCUUUCGGUAGCUUCCUUUACAUUUCAUUGAAAGUGCAGCUCCUCUGUCAAGCAUGAUUAACUAACCCACUUUUAUUUUGUUUAACACAAGGCGAUGGCCCAAAAAUGGAGGAGAUAUUAGACACAACUCUGAUGUGCAGAGAGAAAUUUCAUGAAAAAGAACUUCUGACGUCUUUCUGUAAACAGUGCAAGGUGUGUAUUUGUGAUAAGUGUAGACAAACUCGUCACAAUUAUCACACCACGGUGGAUAUCCACCAAGCCGCAGAAGAGCCCAAAGUUGAUAUCGAGGAAAUUGUAGAAGAAAUGAAAAGAGAAAUUGCUUAUCACACGGAGCGUGUGGAAAGAACAAAGGAAUCCUUGAGAAGAAGCAGAGAGAGGAUAGCCACAGCACGCAAUAAAGUAGUGAAAUGUGUUCAAGAACUUAUUCGACUUUUACAUGAACAUGAAAAAACCGUGAUAACCAGUUUAGACGCCAUUGAUGGAAAAGAGAAAAGAGAGCACACAGCACAACUAGACCAUUUCGAAAUUUCUAGGAAUCAAUUACAAAAGCAUGUCGAGUGGUGCGAAGGUAUCUUACAGAGGAAGAGAAGCGCUGAAAUUCUGCAAGCGCAUAAUGUUCUUAUGGGGCGGUCUAGACAUCUUCUAAAUGCGGAGAAACUGAACGUUUAUAAGCCAUCGCAUGUCAGAUACGAAAAAUGUAAAGAGCAUGUGGAGAAUGUGAGAAGCGCAGUUCCGGAGUUGGGUCGAGUUGUUGUUAGUAACACAGAUCCUUUGCAGUCAGUGGCUGAGGGAACAGGGUUGCAAGAAGGAGACGUCGGAAGCAAAGCAAGUUUCAAAGUAACGACAAAAGAUGCUGGAGGAGACCAGUGCUACGAUAAAAACGAUAAGAUUUACAUUACAGUUCGAUCACCCACAGGAGAAGAAGAAUCCUGCUGCAUGAGUGCACUCAGUGAAAAUGGCGAGUAUAGCGUCACUUACACUCCAAAAUGUGUCGGACAACAUGAAUUCAUUAUUGUGGUUAACGAUGAUCCACUGGCUGGUAGUCCAUGGCGUGUUCAUGUGACUUCACAUCGUUACAAACCGAUGGUUUUCUCUGAUUCAAAUGGCAAAGGGCGAAGACAGUUAAAAUGUCCCUGUUCUGUUGCAGUAAAUGACUAUUAUGUUGCAGUGGCCGACAUGAAGAGGGUACAGCUAUUUGACAUAAACGGAGGGUACCAGAGAGAAAUUGGAAUUUUUGCCAACAAAGUACCCUUAUCAGUGGCAUUCAUCACGUCAUUUGAAAUUGUUGUCGUUGCUUCUAAAAAGAUUUUUUGUUUCAAUACACUAGAAAAAUCUGUAAGAAGAAGACAAGUUCCCGUCAAACACCUAAAGUCACCACGCCACCUGACAAUUGAACGUACAUGUGAUAGGCGCAUGGUGGUGUGUGACAAGGGUGACCGUACAGUCAAGGUUCUGUCCUCUGAUGGUUCGCAGCUGCUACUCACCAUUAGUGACCAUGAGGGUCACCUUCCGCGCUGUGCAAUGUGUCAUCAGAAUAGGUUUUUUGUUUCAUAUAUUGAUGCAAAUAAUGUUUAUGUGUUCGAUGAUAAUGGCGUGUUUCAGUACAGCAUCGGCACUUCAGAGACUGGUGACGAACAACUGGAUUCUCCUGUUAGUCUUGCAGUUGACAGGUUUAAUAACCUGGUGGUGUGUGAUCAUAAGGCAGGGCUACAGAUAUUUACUCUUGACGGAAAAUUUUUAAGCAAAAUAGAAGGAGGGCACCCUGGGUUUAAUUCACCUAAUUCCGUUGCUGUUUCAAGUGAUGGCCGGCUUUUUGUUACUGAUAAAAAUGAAAACUGUGUGUAUGUUUUCCACUGA